AUGGCAGUUUUACCUACAAGUUCAUCGAGUUUGGAAUUGACCAUAUCUGUCCCAGGUUUUGCUUCUUCAGCAAUCACUUUUCUCCCCUCAUCAUCAUCAUCUGGGAAAAUUUUGGACAUGAACCAGGUCGCCAUAGAAGAAGAAUGGGUGAAAUCAGAAGAGGAAGAAGAAAAUAGCGUUAAUCCUCGCAAAAAACUCCGUCUAAACAAGGAACAAUCUCGUCUCCUUGAAGAAAGCUUUAGAAAAAACCACACUUUAAACCCAAAGCAGAAAGAGUGUUUGGCAAUGCAGCUGAGACUCCGACAAAGACAAGUGGAGGUGUGGUUUCAAAACCGUAGGGCCAGUGUCUUAAGAGAAUUGAUAACGAAGCGUCGACAAGGCAUCUACCAUGGUGUCGAUGAAGUGAAACAUGGUUUAGAGAAAUCUCAGGAACAAAUCCACAAGAUUAGGAUCAUCUGGAAACAUGUCCAGAAUCUUGAAAAGGGGAGUCAACAGGACCUUCACUGCAACAAAAGAACAUUUUUGCUGCCGUCAUCAUUUGAUUUUGUACGAGAAGAACCGGGGGAUGCAAUUGAACAUGUAUACAGUGCGAGUCAAUUGUCAGAAGCAGGAUUAGUAUUUGAAGUAAGUGACAGUAAAUGCUUACUUGACUUGAAUUUUGAUGACAAGGGUGUAUUGAAAAUUCCACGUUUUCAUGUCCAUGAUACAACAGAGAUAUACAUGAGGAAUAUAUUAGCAUUUGAAGAAUGUCACAUUUCUGAUCAAGAUUCCUGUUACAUUUCUCAGUAUUUGAGUAUCUUGGAUUUUCUUGUUAAUACAGAAAAAGAUGUGAGCAUCUUGGUUGAUAAGAGAAUUAUUGUGAAUUGGAUGGGUGAUGCUAAUAAAGUGGCUGCAAUGGUUAACAAUCUUUGCAAAAAUGUUUCAAUGCCUACACUGAAUUCAAAAUAUAUAUCUAUAUGUUAUAGGUUAAAUGGUUUCUAUGAAAACCCUAGCAAUAAAUAUAAGGCUAUAUUUGUGCAUGAGUACUUCAACACUCCUUGGAAAAUAGCCUCAACUGUAACUGCUGUAUUGCUGCUUUUGUUUACUUUUAUCCAGGCUGUAUGUUCAAUCUGCUCACUUUAA